AAUAAAUAUUGCACGGCAAACGCCUCUCCCUUCCUCCUCGGCACCACCUCCGAACUCCGUGGUCCAAACCCUAGCGCCGCGGCGGCGGCGGCCAUGGCAGCCGCGGCGGCGGGUGCGCCCAAGCGUUGCUACUACGAGGUCCUGGGUCUCCCCCGAGACUGCUCCCUGACCGACAUCAAGCUCGCCUUCCGCCGCCUCGCGCUCUCCCUCCACCCCGACAAGCAGCCCCCUGGCUCCGACAUCGCAGCCGCCACCGCCGCCUUCCAGGAGCUCCAGCACGCGCACUCCGUCCUCUCCGACCCCCAGGAGCGCGCCUAUUACGACUCCCACCGCUCACAGAUCCUCUUCGCCGACCUCACCUCCUCCGGCGCCGCCUCCGCCUCCGCUUCCCCCAUCCCCGAUCUCUUCGCCUUCUUUUCCUCCUCCGCUUUCUCCGGCUUCUCCGACACCGGCCGCGGCUUCUUCAAGGUCUACGGCGACGUCUUCGGCAGGGUGUUCGCGCAGGAGCUCGCCUACGCGCGCCGCAUGGGCGUACCGGAACCACCCGCGCCGCCCGUCAUCGGGAACCUCGACUCGCCGUACGCGCAGGUCACCGCCUUCUAUAAUUACUGGCUGGGGUUCCGCAGCGUCAUGGAUUUCGGGUGGGCGGCCGAGUGGGACGCCACGCGCGGGGAGAACCGUCGCGUCCGGAGGCUCAUGGAGGAGGACAACAAGAAGGCAAUGCACAAGGCGCGGAGGGAGUACAAUGACACGGUCAGGGGUCUGGCCGCGUUCUGCAAGAAGAGGGAUAAGAGGGUGGUGGACAUGGCGCUGAAGAAGAAGGCGGAGGAAGAAAAGAAGAAGGCGGAGGAGAAAGAGAGGAAGAAGGAGGAGGAGAAGAGGAAGAAGGAGCGGGCGAUGGCGUAUCAGGAGCCCGAGUGGGCGAGGGUGGAGGAAGAAGCGGUAUUUGACGAUGAGGAAGAAGAGAUGAGGGCCAAGAGGAAGGAGGAACUGUACUGUGUGGCGUGUAAUAAGAAGUUCAAAUCAGACAAACAGUGGAAAAACCACGAGCAGUCGAAGAAGCAUAGAGAUAAGAUUGCUGAGCUGAGAAUGGCAUUUAAGGAGGAGGAGGAGGUGGCUUUAAAGGAGGCCAGGGAGGAAGUGGAAGGCGACUGGAAUGAAGUUGAUGUAGGGUUUGAUUUCAAGCCUACACAGGAGUCGGAUGAGAGUGAAUGGUCAGAUGCUGCGGAAGAGUUGGCUGAAGAGUUGGGGGAGGGUUUGAAGGUGCAUGAUAAAGAGGAUGAUGAUAAGGAUUUUGCUAAUGCAGAUCAGGAGGUUGGUUCAUAUGACGAGACAAGUGUAUUGGAGGCGAUGCUUUCAAGCCGCAAAAACAGGAAGGGUGGUCAUGUUGUUCCUCCUGAGGAAGCUUUGUCAGACAAUGCAGAGUACGAAGAUGAUGAUAAAAGCUCUGAAUUUAACAAUGUCAAAAGGAAAGGACGCAGGAGACUUGCAUCAAAGAAGGAACAAGAUGAAGGUACUUAUGCUGAUAAUGAGCAACGUGGGAAAAGUGUGGUUCAACCUGAGGAAUCUGGUCAUGAUAAUGUCGAUGAUAAAAUGGAAGGGCCAUCAUCUUCUAAUGAAGAUGGUGUUUUGGAGGGCAAAGGAGAUCAGCAGAAAGGGAAAAACAGUAAUCCUAAAAAGAACAAAAAGAACAAGAAAGGCGCAGAAAAGAAAACAACUGUUUCUGCUGGCCAGAAGAGUACAUCAAAGGGGAAGAAGCUAAAGGAGGCCUCGAAAGCACCCAGUAAUGAUUGUGAAACGUGUGGAGGAACUUUUGAGUCGAGGAACAAAUUGUUCUCUCACUUGGAAGAAACAGGUCAUGCGAUGCUGAAGGCACGGCAGAGAAACCAUUAAUGAGGGGAUUUUCGAGCAUUGUGUCACUUGUUAAUUCCACUAGUUUGCACAUAACAGCAUGUUUUUCAUAUUCGUGGCCCAAUUUUGAUCUGUAGUGGACCAGAAUUUUCCUUUCUUCUGUGUAGCGUCCAGAUGUUGUUUUGGUUACAAUGCCUUGGUACAGAGUGAGAAAAAAAAACUGAUGGUUACAAUAACAUUAUUCAAUCGACAUAUGUGAUCCUUGUAACUCUUUUACAA